AUGUCCACUGACUACAAGAUCAACGCCCUCGACGCCUCCGGCGCUUCCCUUGCGACCGAGGCCACUCAAGCCGACAUCAUUCGCAAUAAGAUGUCGAUGGAAAACCUCGUCGAAGGCCCGACUGAUGCUCCCGAAACCACCUCCGACCUUAUGCUUGCACUGCCUUCUACUCCCAAGUCGACAAAGCAAGAGAAUCCGUCGCCCAUCGUCGGUACUCCUGAUACCGUUAUGACCGCACCCAAGGACGAGCCUGAUGUCUCUGGCAACGAGGCCCUCGAUGAUGGCGAGGACGUAUCGGACUCCGAGCGCGAGUUCAUCUGCAUGAACGACGAGCAUACUCGCUGUAUGACUGGCCAGUACACCAAGGACCUCUCGCGCAAAGUCAUUUCGGACCACUUCGGCCGCAACAAGGCAUGCACUCGCGACGUCAACGACUGGCCUCUCUUCUGCCGCAAGCACUACCAGCGCGCGACCUACAACAAGAAGAAGUGGCAGAUCCGCAAGGUCCAACUCAUCCUUCGCCAGUUUGACGUGAUCGAAAAGGAGUUCCCUGGUACCACCUACGACAUCGCGUUCAAGAAGUCUGAGGAAGCUCGUCUCAACACGUACUCCCGUCAAGUUGCUGCAGGUCUUCAGCAACCUGACGCUGCGAAGAAGGUCAAGCCCAAGGAAGGUAAGCACUUCGAGGCGCCCAUCGACGUCCUCCGUGAGCUGGACCAGUGGGUCGGCUUCGACAAGACUCACGACGAGGUCCAGAAGAUCGUCGACGUCAUCCUCCAGAUGCUUGAGGACAAGGAGACUGAGCAAGUUCCCUCGAUCGAGUUCCUCCCCAAGCUCCCUGGCAAGGUUGUGUCACCCAAGAAGACCCCGGCCAUGACUCGCACACCCAAGUCGCCCGAGUCUCCAAAGUCUCCCAAGACCCCUUCCCGCCUCUCCAACAAGGGUUCAGUCAGGAAGACUUUGACAAAGGCUUAG